AUGAAGGCAGCUUUCGCUUUGUUGGCUUUGGCCACUUCGACUCUCGCUCAAGGGAUUCAGGAAAGAUGGUAUUCAAGUCCUCCUGGUUAUUCGAGCCCUCCUGGGUAUCCUGUCGAGACUGAUACUACUACUUGGACCACUUAUACUUCAACCACUAUCUGUCCUGUCACUUCAACUACUACCGAAGAAGGAACAACGAAAUGGGUUACAAGUAUCGCUACAUCAACCGUAGUUGUCACUAGUUGUGUUGGAGGCUGCGGAGGAGUUGUCACUGUGCCUGGCCCAACUGGAUGGGCAACCACCACCACCGAUGUCAUCGUCACGUAUACCACCACUUGCGCGGUAACGGAGACCGUCACUGCUCCCGGAAAUACCUACACAAAGACAUACACCACCACUUCUGUUGUCGAAACUGCUGUACCCACCACGAUCGUUAACACUGUCACUGCGCCUGACACAACACAGACUGUUGAAACCGGAGUGGUUGUAACUCUUACGAGUCUCUGUCCUAUUACCGAAACAACUACCAUUUCAGGAAAAGAAGAGACGGUUACUUAUACAUCAACAUCAUUGUAUACAACUAACGUUCCUACAUAUAUUGAAGUUACAGCCACCGCUCCUGACAAUACAAAGACUGUUGAGACCGGGGUGGUCCAAACUCUUACCAGUCUAUGUCCUAUCACUGAAACUACGACCAUUUCAGGAAAAGAGGAGACUGUAACUUAUACAUCGACAUCACUAUACACAACCAUCCUUCCUACCUAUGUUGAAGUUACAGCCACUGCUCCUGAUAAUACAAAGACGGUUGAGACCGGGGUAGUCCAAACUCUUACCAGUCUAUGCCCUAUCACCGAGACAACUACUAUUUCAGGAAAAGAGGAGACUGUAACGUAUACAUCGACAUCACUAUACACAACCAUCCUUCCUACAUAUGUUGAAGUUACAGCCACUGCUCCCGACAAGACAAAAACCGCUGUCACUGGAGUACUUUCUACAAUAACUUCUCUCUGUCCAGUCACCGAGACAAAAACAGUCUCCGGAAGCCUGGUAACUGCCAUCUACACAACUACUUCAUUCAUUGUCACAAACGUCGGAACCACCGUUGAAGUAGCAACUACUCUCCCAGCGAAAACCACCACAGUUGCAACUGGAGUACUUCAAACCAUCACUAGUCUUUGCCCUGUUACUGAAGUUGAAACCAUUUCUGGAAUCGAAUAUACUGUUACAAAGACGACAACUAGCCUUAUCGUCACUGAAGUAUAUACCACGGACUACUCAAAAACUACUUUACCGGGAGGAACUAAGACAAUCGAAACAUACGUCUAUCAGACGUCUACUAGCUUAUGCCCAGUCACUGAAGUCCAAACAAUUUCUGGUGUUCCGAUCACAAAAGUAUAUACCAGUACAAUUGUCACUGAAGUCCAGGUUCCUACAAUUAUUGUUCAAUACACUACAACUCAAGCUACUGAAUAUAAGACUACUGAUGUCUACGAGACUACCACAUGCAUUGAAAGUGUGUAUACAACCAUCAGUGCUGGAUCAACCAUCGUUUUGACCGCCACCCAAACAAACACCAUCCAAGUGACCGCAGUUCGCACCCUAACAUCUACCCUCCCUGCCGCAACUGGCGAAACGACCGUUUAUAUCCCAACCACAAUCGGCCACACCAUCGAAACCAUUGCUGUCGUCACCGUUCCCUCCAUCGUCCGCACCGUCACCCUCGGAACAACCUACUACGCAAACACAACCCACGUACAAACAUCAACUUACAUUCAACCCAGCACUUUGACCGUUGGGGGGCAGACAACGAGCUACUUUGUUCAGCCUAGCGUUAGCGCAAGUAGUAUUGCGGCGACCAGCGUGACUACCAUUGCGCCUACUGCACCGGUGGAGGCGAAUAAUGCGGGGAUGAAUGCACCGGGGUUGGUGAUGGGGUUUGUGAUGGGGGCUUUGGCGCUUUUGUAG